AUGUCUGCUGAUAAGAAGCUUCCAUACAAAGUUAAGGAUAUCUCUCUUGCUGAGUGGGGUCGUAAGGAACUCGACAUUGCCGAGAAUGAGAUGCCAGGUCUCAUGGCUCUCCGUAAGAAGUACGGUCCAAACCAAAUUUUGAAGGGUGCCCGUAUUGCCGGUUGUCUCCACAUGACCAUCCAAACUGCCGUUCUUAUUGAGACUUUGACUGCUCUCGGUGCUCAAGUCCAAUGGUCAUCAUGCAACAUUUUCUCCACCCAAGAUCACGCCGCCGCCGCUAUCGCUGCUACCGGUGUCCCAGUUUACGCCUGGAAGGGUGAGACUGAAGAGGAAUACAACUGGUGUAUCGAGCAAACCUUGAUCUUCCCAGACGGUCAACCACUCAAUAUGAUCCUCGACGAUGGUGGUGAUCUCACCAACAUCAUCCACGACAAGUACCCACACUUGUUGGCUGGUAUCAAGGGUGUCUCUGAAGAGACCACCACUGGUGUCCACAACCUCCACCGUAUGCACAAGGAAGGAAAGUUGAAGCUCCCAGCUAUCAACGUCAACGACUCUGUCACCAAGUCCAAGUUUGACAACUUGUACGGUUGCCGUGAGUCCUUAAUCGACGGUAUCAAGCGUGCCACCGAUGUUAUGAUUGCCGGUAAAGUUGCUGUCGUUGCAGGUUAUGGAGAUGUCGGAAAAGGAUGUGUCCAAUCUCUCUCAAAGAUGGGUGCUCGUGUCUUGAUCACUGAAAUCGAUCCAAUCAAUGCCCUCCAAGCUUGCAUGGACGGAUUCCAAAUUGUCACCAUGGAGGAAGCCGCCCCACAAGGUAACAUUUUCGUCACCACCACCGGUUGCCGUGAUAUCAUCGUCGAUCGUCAUUUCGAAGCCAUGAAGGAAGACGCCAUCGUCUGUAACAUUGGUCAUUUCGAUAUUGAAAUCGAUGUUGCCUGGUUGAACGCCAACGCCACCAAGGACACUGUCAAGCCACAAGUCGACCGUUACACCAUGAAGAACGGACGUCACAUCAUCUUGCUCGCUGAAGGUCGUCUCGUCAACUUGGGUUGUGCCACCGGUCAUCCAUCUUUCGUCAUGUCCAACUCUUUCUCCAACCAAACCUUGGCCCAAAUUGCUCUCUGGACUGAGACCUCCAAGUAUCCAAUCGGAGUUCACUUGCUUCCAAAGAUCUUGGAUGAGGAGGUAGCUCGUCUCCAUCUCGGUAUCUUGGGUGCCAACCUCACCGUCUUGACCGACAAGCAAUCUGCUUACCUCGAUGUUCCAGUUGCUGGUCCAUUCAAACCAGAGGGAUACCGUUAUUAA